CAUGGACUCGGGAUAAAGCGAUUGAGGUGGCGGCUGUAGGGAGUUUUGGCGAGUAGGAGGGAGGGGGACAAAUGAGCCAAAAUGACCGACACAGAAGUGCAAGGCGCUCCUCUGUCAGCCCCAGCGACCGGACCAGCUCAGCCAGAGCGAAAAGUGAUUGCUACUUUGGUGCAAGGAACUGUGAAAUGGUUCAAUGUACGCAAUGGCUAUGGCUUCAUCAACAGAAAUGACACCAAAGAGGACGUAUUUGUCCAUCAGACUGCCAUUAAGAAAAACAAUCCCAGAAAAUUUCUCAGGAGUGUAGGGGAUGGGGAGAUUGUGGAGUUUGAUGUUGUUGAGGCAGCCAAGGGCUCAGAAGCUGCUAACGUGACUGGUCCAGGUGGGGUUCCGGUUAAAGGCAGCCGCUACGCCCCAAACAAGCGCAGAUUCCGCAGGCGCUUCUUUCCCCGUCCUGCACGGCCGGCACAGGAUGAUGGGAAAACGGGCGAUUCCUCUGCUGGUCCCACUUCUGAAGGGGAGGGACAAAAUGGAGCUCCACAGCCCAGGCCACGGCGCCGCCGUCAGCGCAGGAGACCAGACACGCAGCCACAAACUGAGGGAGAAUCAGCAGGUGAGCAGAAGGAGGUAGCAGAUGGUAGCCAACAGAGACCGCCACCACGCAGGUUCAGACCUCGAUACCGCAGGCCGUUCCGUCCACGUCCACCUCCUGGAGAGAGUCAGUCGGCCACUCCUGCAGAGGACCAGAAGGAAACUCCCAAAGAAGGUCCGAGCAAUGGAGAGCAGGCUGAUGGGCAGGCUCAGAAAUCACGUCGACAGUUCAGCCGCCGUAGACAAAGGAAUUCUGACUCUACAACCUCUAAAGAUGGUGCAGAUAAGUCUGACAAAGCAGAGCCUGCCUCACCUACUAUGAAUUCUAAACCAGUUGAUGCCAAAGCCUCCCCAAAAACCUCACCAAAACAAUCCGAGAAAGCUUCCCCAAAAGCAGCUGAGGCUCCUGAUGCCAUGCCUGUGGCGUGACUUCCAUGACCUGGAAGAAAUCUAAUGACCCUGGCAAGAGGUUUCUGGAUGAGCUGGGGUGGUGUUUCAGCAAACCCACAACUGAUGCACACUACCCUUCCCUCCUCCAUACCUCUUGCCUGAACUCUUUAGUGUGGACCCUUCAUUUGGUGAGCGAGAGGGAAGAGGAGUGACGAAUAUAUUUUGGACUUUAAUGUCUUUAGGGGGAUCAAAAAAUAGACUUGCUCGGAAAGCCCAAUAUAUUUGCAUUGUCUCCCAUUUAAUUCAGUGAUUAUGGGUGUGAGCAGCUGAAAUAAGAACCAGUUUGGCCCUUUAAGUUUGGGGGAAAAACUAUGAACGUGUGAGGGGUUGUGUGUAUAGAGUAUGUCUCCAUUCCCUUACCAAUGGCUAAAUGUGGGGGAAAUGCAAUAGGCCUAAUCAUAAAAGAUGCAAACUGGUUGGUUUUUUGUUUUUGUUUUGUUCGUUUUUUUUUUUUUUCUUUUUUUUUUGGUUUGGAUUUCUUUGGAAGGGAAUAUGUGCAAUGUCAUUAAAGUGAAAUAUCUAUAAAACCA